AUGGAGGCCCAGGACAUGGGCGGCGCCGUCCAGGCGCAUGAUGUGGGUCCUGUGAUGCCUGCGCAGCCAUGUUACGACCCAAAAGCGCACAAGAUGGCCACCGAUUACGUAGGGGGUCUUCUUCUGAAAAACUGCCUGUGCGCAUGCAGCUUCAUGCAACCACAAAUGCCGAGUGCUUUCCUGCUGUCGAAUAUGCUCACAGAGAGCGUCCGUUCUAAAGAUCAGGAGGAGCCUUUCCUCUUCGCGACGGAUGGCAGACGUCCGCUGACCUUCAAAGAGCUCAAGGCCUUGGAUGGCCUUGACCACCCUUUGGCUUCCAAGUUCCCGAUUGCGCAACAGCGGGCUUGGCUUCUUGGCUUCUGUGCGUGGUCUCCGGCUCUGUGCGGCUUUGCAAGAGGUGCAUUGAUAAACUGGCUGGUUGCGAUGUGUUGCGAUCGGACCUUUGCUGAGGCCUUCGCAGUUCGCUGCACGGUCGCAGACGAGUUUGAUUUCGAGUAUGAUGACUUGCCGUGCAAGGCUGGGGCAAAUCUGUCGAAGCCAGAGGUGGCAGGUCUGUUUGCAAUCGAAAAGCAUGCGGCCGGAAAGCCUUUGACGGGUGACAAGCUAGGUCCCCCGCUGGAGACAGUGAAGCGGGAACAUGUAUGCCUGGUGUUGCACACCUCGGGCACAACGAAGAAGCCGAAGAUCGUGCCGAUCACGCAUGAGAGCAUGGCCAUCGGCGGCAUGUGCCAUGCAGCCGCCAAUUGCCUCGGCCCUGAUGACGUCUUCAUCAACACCAUGCCGAUGUUCCACAUCGCGGGCUUGAUGGAGAACCUGCUCAUGUCAGCGUACAGUGGCGCCAAGUUUAUUGCACUGCCGGGGCAGUACAAGGCCCACAGCUUCUUUGCGGCGAUGGGCAAAGAGCCAUUGCCUACUUCGUACUCGGCGGUACCUGCCCACCACAUGUCACUGAUGGCUCUUGCCAAGGCAUGGCAGUUCAGGAGCCCGCUGCGGGUGAUCCGCAACGACUCUGCAGCGCUUUUGCCAAGCCUCGCAGAGCAGAUGGAGGAAUUCUUCAAGGCGACGGUGUUGCCGGCCUAUUCCAUGACUGAGGCCAACCCUCUCUGCUCCAACCCGCGGUAUGGUGUCAGGAAACUGAAAUCUGUCGGGCCGGCUGUGGGGCCCGAGGUGGCGGUCAUGGAAGGGUGGCCGGGCAACAAGCGCAUGGGCCCAGGCGAGGAGGGCGAGGUCUGCGUGCGCGGCCCUUGCGUCAUGAAGGGCUACGAGAUGAGGCCGCAUAUGGACAAGGAUCCGAACGAAGAAGCCUUCACGGACGGCUACAUGAGGAGCGGUGACAAGGGCUGGGUGGAUGAGGACGGAUACCUCUACCUCAUAGGCCGCUUCAAGGAACUCAUCAACCGAGCGGGUGAGAAGAUCUCCCCGUUCGAAGUGGAGGAUGCGGUCAGAAGACACGCCGAUGUCAGCGAUGUCCUUUGCUUCGCAUGCUCCCAACUGAGAGCAAGAAAGAUCUGCAGCUAUGGCAUACUGCAUGCUGCAUGCUGCAGGUGUGAAGUCCUUUGUUUGCACGUGUUGCGUUUGUUGUAUCACGUUCAGGUCCUCACAGCAUGCUUGGAGAAUCGGUCGGCCGAGGGCUCGGCUCACAUGUCGAGAAGUGCCAAACGGCAUCCGAAAGACGCCUCCACCUGCUUCCUCUCUCCGAAAAGUUCACCAAGCCAUUCCGAGCCCACCCAAGGUGUCGUGGUCAUUCCCAAGGACGUGCAAGCGAAAGUCAAGAGAGACAGAGAGAGGGACAUAGAGACAGACACAAUCGGUUCGUUGCUUGAGGGUGGCCCCGCUCAUCUGGGCACGGCAUGGGAAGGGAAGGGAGGGGAAGGAAAGGAAAGGAAUGUUAGGAAGACACAAGAAGCAAGAGACAAACCGAAACAGCAGAACAACGGCCGGAGAGCAAUCUGCCCUUUUGUCUUCUUUGGCAUGAGACUUCCUUCUGGAAGGAGGGCAAGUCCCUCAAGCUCUUUGAUCUCCGACAGUGGCUCAUGA